AUGACAACAUACAGUACAGAAAGUGAAACCGAAGCAGAAAGUGAAACGAAUGAUGAAAACGAAGUUCAAACGAGUUUCCCAACGACUUCUAAGUCUUCUUGUCGAAAGUUUACUGGAGCUGCAAGAUAUAAAUCGACUUUUCAGAACGAAUGGACCGUCAAAUAUAAAACAUUUCUUCGUCAAGUCCACGGUAAUAUACAUGCCUUUUAUUGUAAUGUUUGCAAUGAUGUAAUUAGGCACAAGGACGGGGAAGACCAUAAAAGGUGGGAGAGCAGCUUAAGAAAUCAACCUAUAUUAAAUUUAGCUACCAGUAGCACAAACACUUUGCUGUUUAAUACAUCAAAGGCAGAAGUUUUGGCAGCUAAGUUUAUUGUAGAACAUAACUUACCCAUCAGUGUGUCUGACCACUUGGGUCCACUAUUCAGGCAGAUGUUUCCUGAUAGUACUAUUGCAAAGAACUAUGCUUCAGCUCACACAAAGACAAAUUGUAUAAUUAAUGAUGCCAUAGCUCCACCAAUGCAGCAAGAACUGGUAUCACAGAUGAAGAAUGGGCCAUUUUCUUUGGCAAUUGAUGGAUCCAGUGACAAUGAGUUGGAGAAGAUGAAUCCACUUACUGUACGUUUAUUUGACAUUAACACUCACAAAGUAGAAGGUCGAUUUCUGGAUAUGUGUUCAGCAACUGCAUCCACUGCUCAAGCCAUUUAUGACAAGAUGAAUGAAGUUCUAAAUAAACAUGAUAUACCUUGGGAUUACUGUGUUGGAAUGUCUGUAGACAAUACAUCUGUGAACGUUGGAAGGCACAACUCCAUAAAAACAAGGGUAGAGGAUGCUAAUGAUACAGUGUAUUUCAUGGGUUGCCCUUGUCAUAUUUUACACAACACAGCUUUUUAUGGGGGUAAGGCAUUUGAAGAGAUAGUGAACUUCUCUGCUGAUGAUUUGUGUGGUGACAUUUUCUACUGGUUUGAACACUCUUCUAAGAGAAAGAACCUUCUAUCAGACUUAUGUGACUUUUGUGAUGUUCAGUACAGACAGGUCAUUAAACAUGUAAGCACAAGAUGGCUUAGCUUGGAAUCUGCAGUGGAGCGUGUUUUGAAAGCAGUACAGCCCUCUCAAAUCCUACUUUUUGUCCAAUACAGAGCAGCAAGCAAGAUUCAAGAGAUUGAAAAAGUUAUUCCAAGACCCAAUGACAGAAAUUUACUUGUAUUUCUACCAAGCUGUGCUACCCAGUUUUACGUGUUUUAA